AUGAGCAAGGGGUUACAAAAUAGAAAAGUCAUCGACUUAACGAUGUUUUCCAAAAGUACAUUCACUCUAACCUUUGCUAUUGAAAUUCUCGGUAUGGACGUCUGGCACGACUGUAAUGAAGGAUGGUUGGAUCUCGGUCCCUGCCAUCAAGCUAUAAAGAUACAAUACCAAUUAUACCCAGACCAAACUUUUGACUUAGACGUAUUAAUAUGGCCUCAUGUUGCUAAGAUUUGGUGUGGAAGUCAAUACGGCUAUGUGCGGACGUGGCAGUUUUUGGAGAGGCGUUGGUUCGCAUUUUCAAUUCGACACGCUUUUCCAGUCAGAGUACUUGACUUAAUGAAUCACUUGGUUGUUAUUAAUUGUGCUAUGGGACUUAACGCUCUUAGUAAUAAUGCCAAGAACGAUAAGAUAAUAGAAGCCUUUCUCCCUUCCCUAAAAUUUGGAGAUCAACGUUAUUUUGCUCCGGUAUUGGAAGGAGAACAUACAUUUGAAACAUUUAUACAAGACAUUAUUUGGAACGUCAUAGAAGCCCAUAUACCAGCUUCAUGUUUAGAUGGGACCUUCAAUACGCCAUCUAAUGUUACAGAUAAAAGACAUCAAGAUGCAAUUUUAUUUAAAGUAAAAGAAAUUAUUUUAAAAGAAAAUUUACCAAUCGAAGAAGAAGUGGAAGCACCAUCAGAUGAGUUUAUAAAGUCAAAAAAUCGAAGGGAAUCUAAAAUGACGAAGGAAAAGGAAAAAGAAAAGAAGAAAAUCGUUGAUGUACAAAAAGAAAAAUUUAUGAUAACCUUGUCGGGAGACGCGAUUAUGGCUGGUACUGGAAAAAUUUCCUCUUUCGGAUAUUCUGGUGAACGUCCACACGAUCAAAGUGAUAUUAUAGUAUUAAUCAGUACCAAUAACCUCCCAGCUCACGAUGAUUUGCCGAUCAUAUUUGUUAACAUCGGUCAGCUGUAUGAUGCACCAUUACCAAACUUUAAAAAGGCAAGAAUAACACAAAUAUAUACGCGAUGGAGAUUAAAUGGCGAAAACCAUGAUUCAGAAAAACAAAAUAUAAAAUCGGGAAACUUUAUAAAUUUUAAUGAUCAUCAUACUAUACCUCUACAACAUACCAAGGCUUCUGAAAUCACAGCAACGUUUUUAGAUAAUCCAUUCGAAAUUCAGCUUCGUGGAUUGCGAAAUGCUGAAAUAGUUCAUAGUCAUCAAAAACUUUUUGGAAACGAUAAAAAUGAUCAUAAAUUUGAUAUGAAAUUAUCAUCUAAUACUAGCAGUUAUAGCGGAGAUAUACUUAUUGCUGUCACGAAGAUUGAUGCCAGCAUAAUUGCGAAAAAGACUAGUACGGUUAUAUCGGGAGAGUUUUCUCUCUACCCACCUCAAAUUUCGAGACAUAAGCUAGGUCGUAUGGGUAUUUCUACUAACGAUAUCAAUGCUGUGAGAAUACCUGAAGCGCCAGAUAUUAUCAUUCAACCAUCGAUAAUCUUGGAUGCACAUAUGACAAUGGAUAUAUCCAUUGGAUUAGUUGGAUGUAAACCGCGGGAAAUCAUUCCAAGUUAUUCAAGGAUGUAUUGCUCAACUCAUAAUAAAGACGCAGUUAAAAUUAUUUUAAAUGAAAUAAACGAAGUCAAUGAAAAAUAUCACAACACAGACAAUGUAAAUAAUAUAUUGACAGGAUUUGCUAUCGACACCUGUGAUAUUGUUAUUUUCUAUAUCGAGGGAGAAAAAAAUGGACCAAUUUCAAGAAUAUGGGAAGUCACGGGUCGUUUUUAUCCAACGAUUAAACCUGUGUUCUCAUGUUCAGAACAAUAUUUAGAUCGAAUUUAUCCUGAAAUGAUAUCUGCGAUCUCAUCAUUUGAUUCGCUAAAGAUGGUGAUUCCAUUAAAUACACUUCUAAAGUGUCCACAAGCUUACGUCAAGCCUGCUCUGCCAGUGCCUGCUAAAUCUACUUUGGUGAAAAUUGGUCGACUAGUCAAAAGUAAAAUUAAAGUAAUACCUUUUAAAAGCGAAAUGCCGACCACUGAAGAACUGAAUAGUUUUAAACUUGAGUUAUUUCAAGAAGCGUACGUGAGUCUUUCAACAGAACCUGCAACCCCGAGUGCGCUCAAGGUCUGGAAACGGGAAGUACACUGUAGGGCUAUAGCGUCGUGGUUAGACCCUCUCGGCGAGGUACAGAAGGCGCGCAAACGCAUCGGAGCUAUCCUGCUAGCCCUGGGAGCCUAG